AUGACGCAGGGGGGCCGGAGCGAAGCCGCCCGCGAAGAUAUCCGCAGCUACAUCCAAAAGGCGGGGGAAAAGAAUCUGUACCGAAUCAAAAAGGGGUUGGUCCCAAAUAUGAAUGUAGAAGGACACAUGUACGUGAAUGAAAAAUUAAAAUAUUUGAUAGACGAUGAGAUAGAAACGUACCAGCUGAACAGAAACUCUACCUUCCUCCCGGCAGUUAUUCAAAUAGCAAAUGUGUCGACCUUGCCAGGUAUCGUAAGGGCCUCCAUCGCCUUACCAGAUGUACAUGCAGGUUAUGGAUUCUCCAUAGGAAAUGUAGCCGCAUUCGAUAUGAACAAUGAAAAGGCAAUUAUUUCGCCAGGAGGUGUAGGAUUUGAUAUAAAUUGUGGUGUGAGGUUAAUUAGAACAAAUCUGUUUUACGAAGACAUAAAGGAUAAGCAGGAAGAAUUAACACAACUUCUAUUUAAUAAUAUUCCAGUGGGAGUAGGAUCACAGGGGUGUAUAUUAUGUAAUCAGGACAAACUAGAUGAAGCGUUAUGUUUAGGGAUGGACUGGUGUGUUAAGGAAGGAUACGCAUGGGUAGAGGAUAGGUUGAAUUGUGAAGACAAUGGAAGGAGUUUGUAUGCAGAUAGUAAUUACGUUUCAAUUAGGGCUAAGAAACGAGGGAUAACACAGAUGGGCACUUUAGGAGCUGGAAAUCAUUACGCAGAAAUACAAGUGGUAGAUGAAAUAUAUGACGAAAGGAGUGCCAAGUUAAUGGGUAUAGAAAAAAGGAACCAAGUUUGUAUAAUGAUUCAUUCAGGUAGUAGAGGGUUGGGUCAUCAGAUCGCUACGGAUGCUCUAAUUGAGAUGGAGAAAAGUAUGAACAAGUAUAAAUUAGAUGUAAUCGAUAAACAGCUAGCUUGUACUCCUAUUCACUCCAAAGAAGGAGAAAAUUAUUUGAAGGCCAUGGGUUCUGCUUGUAAUUUUGCAUGGAUUAAUAGAUCCUCCAUGACAUUUUUAGCUAGACAGACAUUUGCAAAAAUUUUUAAUCAGUCACCAGAUGACCUAGACAUGCAUGUCAUAUAUGAUGUCUCACACAAUAUUGCAAAAAUGGAAGAUCAUCUAGUCGAUGGAAAAAUUAAAAAAUUGCUAGUUCAUAGAAAGGGCUCUACCAGGGCCUUUCCUCCCUUCCACCCGGCUGUCCCUUUAGAUUAUCAGUACUGUGGCCAACCCAUUCUUAUUGGAGGAACCAUGGGUACUUACUCUUACGUCCUAACUGGGACAGACAAAGCUAUGGAGACCACUUUUGGGUCCACUUGUCAUGGGGCUGGUCGUGCUUUAAGUAGAAAUAAAAGUAGAAAUACACUAAACUACGUUGACGUGUUGCAAAAAAUGAAAGAGGAAAAUAUUUCCAUUCGGGUUGCCUCCCCAAAGUUAAUUAUGGAGGAGGCACCCGAGUCCUACAAAAACGUCUCUGAGGUCGUCAACACGUGCCAUGACGCGGGCAUAUCCGCCAAAUGCUUUCGCCUCAAGCCCGUCGCGGUGAUAAAGGGGUAG